AUGACCGAGGACAAGAAAAUCCGUCGCUCAAUUCGUUCGACGGCUGGUAAUCGAUAUCAAGCGUUGCUGAGAUCGGAAGAGAAGGAUGAAUUUUACGAGGGCCAUUAUGGCGGCUUCACGGAGGAAGAGGAUGAUAACGACUUCUCUGGAUCGAGCAGCUCGGACGAAAGUAUCUCUGAUUCCAGCUCUGACGACGACGAAAACGAGUCAGAUGGAGAAGGCCAAAACGAGCCAGAAAAAGUAGAGCGCAAGAGAAAGAAAAACGUGUACAAAGACCCGGCGAAAUCAACGAGGAAAAAGGCCGAUAACGCGGGUUUCGCAGCGCCCAAGAAGCCAAAACUUUCCCACACGACCAGUGGCGAGCGCAAAAGCUCAAGAAAACACACUACUGAGCAGAGGCACGAACUGGAGCAAACAAUAAAGACGCGAGAACUAGUCGAGAAGAAGAAGAAACCAAAGAAAGCGGAAACGCAUUUGACUCAGGAGCAAAAAAUGGCCGAAGCGCUGAAAACAGAAGAGUACAACCUAUCCCAACUGCAUUUGUACCAAGAAAUGGAAGCCUCCCGCAAAAACAAAUCCAAAAGAAAGAAAGCGAAGAAGAUAGAAGGCCCGAGCAUCAAAAUCACCUCCAGAACAAUCCAAAUCGAGAGCUCCAAGGACGAUAAAAAUGGCACGAAUUCCAAAGAAGCGCACACCUUUGUCGAGUUUUCUGAUAGAGCGAGUUUCGAGAAAACUUUCAACUACAAAAAACCUGUUCCAGCAAAAAGGGAGUACUGCGUAAUCACGGGAAAGCUAGCUCGAUACAGGACACGUGACGGAAUUCCUUUCUUUGAUUGCGCGUCGUAUAAGCUGAUCGAAUCGCGGAGAGAAGCAAAAACUUAG